CCUAAAAAUUCCAUGACUAACAAAAUGAAAAUUUUAAAAAAAUAUAUAUAGAACGAAAUUAGAAAAUAAAAAAAUUACAAUAGUGCUUUAUAGAUUUAUCAUAAAAUCAACAAAGAAAGCCGGGAAUAUCAGCAGCAUGUUUUCAAAUCCACAAAAUCGCAGCCGCGAUUGUUGCUAUUUCCAAUCCAAUGAGGAGUUCACAUGGAAAAACCAAGUAAAAAGAUACAGCAAGUCCGAUAUAUGUGCCCUUCGAAAGUACAAUGGUGACAACAAACAGAAUCAGUGCCAGCGAUAUUACAGGACCGAUAGCUAUGAAUUCAACCCCAGGGAUAUGUACCAAAGUAAACGAAACGGAAGUCGUAUGAUAACAGACUACAAUGCAGAUUUCUAUAAUUUCGAUCGGGAUCGAAAUUACGAAAAUGUGAAUCAUCAACGAACCGUUAAUAGUUACGAAGAAAUUUGUAAAAGCUUGGAAAAGUUAAAGUUCGGUGAAAAGUCCUCCCGGCGUAAAAAGUACAACCUCACAAAACAAGAUCAGCCAACUUGUUGCCGCUGCACCUGCAAAACAUGUCCAUUCUGUUUCCUUCGAAUAUUUUGUGUAGAAGUCUUGAAAGAACUAGCUGAAAUCAAGGCACGACAACUUUGUAGCGAACUUGAAAAACUUUACUACGCUCCACAAGCAUACGAAGGUGAGCAGUUGAGAAGUUCAGAAAAUUCUUUUGGCCAGAGAAGACGACGCACUGACUCUGAUAAGACUGGUGAUGGGAAAAUGAACCCAUCUUCCGAGUUGAGUGUUGAUGCUAUAAAAGAUCGCCGUCGUCGACGUGAUCCUGGUCAGAAAGACGACCCACACAAACUACGUCACAAACGAAAAUCUGGCGUGGUUGAUACACAAGACACACGGGACAGUCGUCGGAAAACUAAGGGUCGGCCUAGUGAAAUUGCCGGGGUCUCCCCAGAAGGAGGUCGGAAAAGCCGAGGUAGACAACUUGAGAGUAUUGCGGAUAACAUUAAUACUGGUCGAAAAAGUCAAGGCAGAAUGGGGGAAGAUAUUGUCGAUGGAGGCGGUGGUGGUCCAUACAUUAACGAUAUGGGAAGGAAAUCUGAGCUUGCUAAAGACCUUGAAAUGCAAGGACUUUCACCGGAAGAAAUUGAAAAAACGACUCCAAAGAGCUAGCAUAACCACCAAAGGGAGAAAAAAGCUAGUUGAACCGCAAACACAGUCAAGCACUACGAAUGAUAUUGCUGAAAAGAAAAAGAAGAAAGAAGAGCAGGUCAAAAAAGAGCUUGCCGCAAAACGAGUAUCCCAAGCAACCCAGAUGGCCAACAAACAUUGGACGGUGAAACCAUACACCGGGCCUGGGCGUUUUGCUGAGAUAACGAUUUGUGACUUUAUGAAACUCCGCUUGGAAUCGAUAAUCGAGAGAGAAAUGGCUAUGAAAAAUGCUGGGCCUUUACCGCCGUGUUCUUCUUUGCUCUUUCGACCAUGUAUGCCUGUAGUUUGCACAAUUUCUCCGCAAUAUUGUUGUCGAUCAUUCUGGUGUCCACCGCCAACUGUGCCUGCAAUUUGUUGUUAAUUCACUGUCGCGAAUGGGUGAAAGUCAAUGUUUAAUGGAGAAAUCCUGUGCAUUUGGUAUUCGCGGUAACAAUCUAGGUAUGCGCAAUGUAUCUUACAGUAGACAUAUUUAGUAAACAGUACAAUAAAAUGUUUGUUUUUUUAAAUUGUAUAGUAAGUCUGUUUACGCUAAAU